AUGUCAGUUGAACUUCUAAACCAGAUGAUUGAUGUAGAAAAGCUGAUAAACCUGCUACCUCUGUAUGUGAAUGAUUCCCUCUCCAUGUUUUUGUGCCAAAAACCAAGCUUGAACAAUUUCUUGAAAGCUCCUCAAACUACUUGGAUAACUACUAAUGGAACAAAGACAUUUCAAGAGAUUCUGUGCCAAAAUUCCAUGAACUGGAGCCAAAUUGACCAGCUUUCAACCAUUACCAACUUGCAGCAAAUGCUUCAUGACAUUACUAUCAUGAACACUGUGUCGAAUACUUUACAUGGACUGCACGAAGCCAUCAACAGAUCCCAAGAGAUACCCACAGAUGUGAAGGAAAUCUUGAAUACACUCACCCAAGCAAAUAUUGGAAAAAUUGCCACCCCACUACUAAUGCUUGCAAAUGGAAGUGACAUAUAUAAAAAUGUUCUCAACAUUGGUGAAUAUGUUUAUGAAAAGGCCAAAUCGCUUUAUGGUUGCAACCAAACUGUUAUAACGAUGGAGAAACUCGUCCAGCUUACAUCGUUAAUGCUAAAGACAGCUGCAGAAUUACCAAAUUAUCUGAGAGUUACCUCGAAUAAAACUCUGAGCUCAGUAUUCAGCAAACUGCAUGCAUUUGGUCCGAAUGUUACUCAAACUAUACUAACAGAAAUUGUACAUCCUAAGAUGAUCCAGGUAUUUUUGGAGAAUAACCAUAAUGUUUCCAAUGUGUUGUGCAAAGAACAUUUCUUGCAUACUGGUAUGAGUAUGGGUCAACAGCAAAAUCAUCCAGUAUCAUUUUGCACCCCACAUGAUGUGCAAGCUAUUCAGAAAGUGUUAUCAAAAUUGCCACUGGAUCAACUAGAAACACUGUUCCAAGAAUUUUCUUCCGCUCUUUCCAAACUCCUACAUUCUUUUGCUCCUAAUCGUCAAAAACGUGACACUUAUAACAGCACCAGAGUGGUCGACAGUCAGGUUGUCAGCACAAACCCAGCAACUGUGUCUCUCUUGAUACAAGGCUUGGAUUCAAUCUAUCGAAGUAUGAGAGUAAUUCUUGAACAAUCCAACAUGUCUUGGGCAAGAGUGUUUCUUGAUUCCAGUCUGGAUAAUCUUCAGUUCUUGAUGAAGGCACCUUUGAAUGAACAUUACAUGAUUUCCAGUUUCUCUGCUUAUGUUCUUGAAUGGGGCCCCAAAUUAGAAAAAAGUCCAGUCUGGAUGUACAUUGGACCAGUACUAAAAGGCGGCCAUAUUAUGAUUGAAAAGAUGAAUUACCAGUUUGCUAAAUUAAAAGGUAUGGGAAUUGAUUCCUCUCAUUACAUAGCUCAAUUAAUUGAACUUCUUGACUACAUGGUACAAUAUGGACCGGAUUUCUUACCCAGUGUAUUUAACAUCAUUGAAAACCCACAUGUGCUUGACAAACUAAAAGUCGACUCUUGGGAUGUGGUUGGAAUUCUGUGUUCUGAUCAACAAAUCUUCCAGAUCAUGCAACUGCCACCUCAUGUACCAGUUGACCGAUUCCAGUCCCUCGUCUGUGGAUCAAACUUAACUCUGUUUAUUGUGCAGUUUACGUCUAUUUCUCAGAUUCCUCUGCAGGUUAACAAAUGGAUUGUAGACCGAGGAAUCGCCAUUGGCAAGAUAUUGGAUGAAAGUCAUAUGGUACCAGUUGAAGUAAAAAGACAAAUGAAAUAUUACCUACUUAUAUUUAAUAUUUAUCUUGAUGUCACCAAGGAAUUUAUUACUUUGUGGAAAGAGAAUCUGACAUCCACAAUGGUACCAAGUGGUCAAAUCCUGAUGGACUUUUUAAAUCAAUCAAUGUCUGUGCCCAAAGAAGCCCUCCAAAUCUUCCAAAAUACAUACGUAAAUUAUGAGGAGAUUUUUGUGCGACUGAUAACAGAAAAUGCUCUUGAGAAAAGGAUCUGCAAUAACUUACGGCUCCCUGAUAUCCUAGUAUUUCCUGCUGAAUUUAACCAGACACUGAUUUUAAAGUAUGAAAACUUGCUCUGUUCACUAAAGUGGACAGAUGUGGCCAAUCACCUUGAAAAGAAUGCCACCACCAACAAGAUUUCACAGGCUAUCCAUCUCCUUGGAGAUAAUCCCAACUUGGACAUCAAACUGAAUUGGACAGAAUUGUCUGAGAAGACAAAGUAUACAAUCAAGAUGCUGCCUACACUGACAAAAAUUCUUCAAAAGACUUACAUUGGCACUUUUUACAAUUUCUUCUUGGGUGAUCAGUCUGUAGUAAAUUGGAUGGCAUCAGAUGGUUCAAUUCUGACAGACAACAGAAAAAUGGAGAGCGCCAUAAAUGAAACAUUAAAUGUGGUCAGUUUGUUCCUCGAGACUUUUGUUUCAAACAAUGAAUUUGAAUAUUUAUCAAAGAAUUUGAAGAUUUUUGAAGAGAUUCUCUAUUUCAUCUAUCAAUCGAAUAUGAACAACCAGAUCAAUAAUUUGAUUCAACUCUUUUCAAGUGAUCCAGAACUUUUGGAACUGAUACGUCCAAUUCAACUUUCUCCAGUUACAGCAAAUACUCUCUUAAGAGUCUUUAUGAAAGUGGUUAAGGAUCCACAAAGUACGGUCACUGCUUUGAUGAAAGCUGAAACCUGGGAUAAAAUUUGUACAGAUGAAGCAGCAUUCACACAACUUUUUGGUAAAGAACUUGGCAUCCAAGGGAAUUUGCAAAAUCUGCAAAGGGUUCUGUGUAAAGACCUACUUUCUACCAACCUGACACGUCUUAUUGAAAAACUUCGACAGCAUAUACCUGAACUUGAUAUGAUGGCAAAAUCGAUUAGUCAGGUAACAGCAAAUUCUUUGGACAGCCAAAAUUUGGUGCCUGUUUCCAGUGGCAAAGUAGUUGAACAAUUAACAGCCUUAAAUAGAUUAACAGAAUCCAUGACUGGGGGAUAUAUGAAUGGGACUAUGAACACUAGUAUGCCGUCCAAGGAAUUGUUGUCAGUCUAUCAAAAAUAUCUGAAUAAUCAGUCCUCAGAGUUUGGAAGCCAAUUAAUGGAUACUAUUACUUCAAUUCUUGAAGUUCAAAUUAUGCCGCAAAUUCAGGUCCCACCGCAACAAAUGACAAUGGUGCUUAACUCUGCUGAUAAUUUCUUAAAGAAAUUUGAAAGUAUGCUCCCUGAUGAGAAAGGUGGCACAAUUGACAUGAACAAGAUGUUUGAUGGCCAACCUCAGCUGCAGAAGAUGUAUAAACAAAUGGAGGAUAUGCCAGAAGUAGUUUCAGCUGUUCUCUUCAAUGUCAUCACCAAUACUGACAAUGAUAAAUAUAUGAAUGUCUUAAAUUCAGCAUCCAUCAAUGAAAUGGGGCAGAAGAUGUGCAAUUUGGCAAAUAACGAAGGAUUUGCUCGUAUCGGUUGUUCUGUAUUUGACUUGAAUCGAUACAUAAGAAGAAUGUGUAAAAUGGAUUAUGAGGCAUUGCAAACAGAAAUGAUGUCUUUUAUGGCUGACAGCAAUCAGGGAAAUGAAAAUCAGUUGAAUUCGAUCGAGCAGGCUACGGAUAUUGAACCGUUAAUGAAAACAAUUGAAAAAGUGUGGAAGAAAAUGCCCACAUCUUCUGAUGCAUGGUCACUAUGGGAACCAGUUGAUAUGUGGAUGAAUAAGAUGCCGACCCUGAUAGCCAUGAAAGAUGAAAUGAUUCGAAUGGCACCUAAAAUAUUUAACCUUGAAAGCAUGAAAUACUUGGAAGAUAUGUUUGGCAUGUUCAAUAAAAUGAUGCCAUCAAUGAGACCACUGAUUCACUCAGCAGAUAUAAAUUCUCAAGUUCAAUAUCAUAUCUUUAAAUUUCUGAAUCUUCAGCUUGCCAGAAUUCAAGAAGAGAAAAAAGUUGUGCUGUCGGAUUUACUUGUAUCAAAACAAAUGCAGAAUCUGUUUACCUUAUUGGAGAAUUCUCCAAGAACUCUGGCGUUGCUUCAAGACACAUUAAUUGAUGCUUUUAUAAAUCCAAGCAAAUUGAUGCCUCUACUGAGCCUUGAUAUGAAGGUUUGCAGUGAUGUGCUGUUGUUUUCCAAGAUAUUCACCACUGACAGAUUUGUUAAACUUGGUUACACUCCUGAAAUGAUACAGUCAUUUGUCUGCAGUGAUGUUUUAAAUUUCAACUCUUCACAACUGUUGUCUGAACUUCGCAAUACUAUUCCAGGUUUACCCGAGUUGAUUUCUGGGCUAGAGAAAGUGUUCUCUGACAAUUCCACAGAAAAAACUAACUUUCCUGCACUUGCAAAUGAGAUUGUGAAAUUCCAGAAUUUAUUGUCAUCAACUCUUUCGAAACCUAUCAAGUUUGAACUUGGUUUCAACAUUAGUUGGAUUGACAGAAACACAUAUCUUAUGGUUGCACAAGAAUCAUUGCAUAUCAUGCAAUCUCUGAUAAAUAAACUCAACAUUCAAAGUUUCAAUGGCCUCCUUCAUUUGCUGGAUGCUGCUUCGACCACUCACUCUCCAAUGGCAAAUGACUUGAAAGUCAGUCUCUAUAUUCAACAACACUUCCUCAAGUUUCUUAAUCGACAGCUGGCUAAAAUUAAUGGAACUUCUUCGUUAAUUCUUGUGGAAUACGUAAAUUCAAAAGAACUAGAAAAAUUACUCAGCAUGUUAGAAUUUCGUCUAGAUGAUCCAGAACUAGAAAAGAUCCUGUUUGAUACAGCCCUUCAUCUGAUCCAACACCAAACAAAGGUAAGAAGUACCUUGAUGACACAUUCCUAA